AUGGCCAGCACCUGUUGCACGAGGACCUGCGUGAUCGCUGCGUCCACCACAUCUGUCUGCUCUAGCAAUCUGAGCUGCGGCAGCCGGGUCUGCUCGCCCAGCACCUGUCCAGGCACCUCCUGGCCUGUGGACAAUUGCCAGGAGAGCUACUGUGAGCCCCCAUGCUGUGCCCCCAGCUGCUGUGCCCCAACCCCUUGCUUCCUCUGCACCCCAGUGAGCUGUGGGUCCAGUCCCUGCUGCCAAUCUGCCUGUACCAGCGGCUGCACACCCUCAUGCUGCCAGCAGUCUAGCUGCCAGCCAGCUUGCUGCACUUCCUCUCCCUGCCAGCCAUUCUGCUGUGGUCCUCUCUCCUGCACACCUGUAUGUUGUACACCUAUCUGCUGUGGACUUUCCUCUUGCUGCCAGCCAUCCUGCUGUGUGACCCUGUGCUGCAAGCCUGUCUGCUGCACACCCGUCUGCUCUGGAUCCUCAUGCUGCCAGCAGUCUAGCUGCCAGCCCCCAUGCUGUCAAUCCUCCUGCUGUGUGCCUGUCUGCUGCAAGCCUGUCUGCUGCAAGCCCUGCUCCAGCAUGUCCCUGCUCUGCCGCCCGGCCUGCUCCAGCCAGGCCUGCUGUGGCCAGAAGUCCAGCUGUUGA